UGUAUGCGACAUGCAACAAUAUAUUGAAUUGACAGGUGCUUGAUGGUAGAAUAUAGUGUUACGUUUUUCGUGUUUUUUUUAACUUUAUUAUCAUAUUAUUAUUGUAUUAUUUAUUUCUUAUAAGUGUUUUAAGAUUUUAGAAAAUUACCAGCGAUGCAAUGUAUCAAGUUUUCAUUAGCGGAUACCGUUUGGCCGAAGUGUCACACGGCAAGCCCUAUUAUGUUUAUUGUAUUGAGGUUCUGGAGUCAGAAAGUGGUAUUCGAUAUUUUAUCGAGAGAAGAUACAGCGAAUUUAACGCGUUACAUCGCACGUUGAAGAAAGAAAACGCGGAAGUUGCUCCGUUUCCGCCAAAGAAGGUAAGAAAUUGCCAGCCAAAAGUGCUCGAGCAAAGGCGAGCCGCAUUGGAAUUGUACAUUCAAAAAAUGUUAAGGCUUUCAACUACGAAGCAACAGGUUCUCAAUUUUCUGGGCAUAGAAGAUCGAACAUCAGGUGUGUCAUAUAAAAAUACGUUUCAAUACAAGGAUACGGAAGAUUCGCAAUACGUUGACAGCAGUGCUUUUAAUCAUCAACCUGUGUUAACUUUCCAUUACGAUCCAUACGUUGAGUCUGGUUCUACGUCGAAUAAUCUUCCAGAUAUAGUGAUUAAUGGUGUGCUUUCCGGAAUAUAUAAGUCCUGAGAAGCUUACCUUAAGUUGCUUAUAAUGAUAUCUCCCAUGAAAAAUACUAUAUAUUUUAUGGGAAAUUUCAGCUCUCUAUUAUAAAUCGCAUAAAAAUUAAGGAGGCCGUUUUUAUCCAUUAUUUUUAUCUCGCAAAAGAUAAAACGGUGGGUGUAUGUCGAUAAAUAUACACAUAUGAAGAAAUAAGUGCUUCCAUUUUAUACAUAUUCUAAUAUCUUUAAUUUCAUUAUUGUCGCUACAUGCAACAAUUUCUAAUCUCUUUUCGAUUAACGAAGAAAAGAAGAAAGAAUUUACAAUCUUGCGUUUGAAUCAAUCAGUCGUUAUUUUCUCAAUCUGCGAUAUAUUUAGAUAACAAGAGUAAUUUCUUAUUAGUGUAUUCAAGAUAUGCGAAAAAAUAUACGCUCUGUUAUAUUUGAA